CGCCCGAGCGAGCGCGACGCGGCCUCUGCUCCCAAGAUGGCGGCGGGCGGCGCGGUACCCCUGCGGGUCUGCAACCAGGAGAUCGUCAGGUUCGACCUGGAGAUCAAGGCGGCCGUGCAGGACAUCCGGGACUGCCCGGGGCCGCUGAGCGCCCUCACCGAGCUCAACGCCGCCGUGAAGGAGAAGUUCCAGCAGCUGCGCAGCCGCCUCCAGGAGCUUGAGCAGAUGGCCAAGGAGCAAGACAAAGAAUCGGARAAGCAAGCCUUGCUGAUGGAGGUGGAGAACCAUAAGAAGCAAAUGCUGAGCAACCAGGCAGCUUGGAGAAAGGCCAAUCUAGCGUGCAAAAUUGCCAUUGACAACUCUGAGAAAGAUCAGCUGCUGCAGGGAAGAGACACCCUGAGACAAAGAAAGACUACAAAGGAGAGUCUGGCAGAGAGUGCAAGCAACAUCACAGAGAGUCUGAUGGGCAUUAGUAGGAUGAUGUCCCAGCAAGUCCAGCAAAGCGAGGAGACCGUGCAGACCCUAGCCAAUUCUUCACGAACCAUCCUGGAAGCAAAUGAAGAAUUUAAAUCCAUGUCUGGGACAAUUCAGUUGGGAAGAAAGCUAAUAACGAAGUACAACCGCAGGGAACUGACAGACAAGCUCCUCAUCUUUCUCGCCCUUGCCUUAUUCCUGGCCACCGUGCUCUAUAUUUUGAAGAAAAGACUCUUUCCUUUUUUGUAAAAGCCCAAAGCUCUUACUGAACUAUUACGAAAUAUCGGGGAUGGUGUAAUAAUGGCAAGGCUUACAGCAGAAGGGACAUGGCAAUAGCUGGAAGAGCAUUCGAGCAGGCAUGAUUUUAUACUGACUAAUUGGAGUAUGAGACCUGCCUUAGAAGAACUUAAAUGAGCACAAAUCAGGGAGGAGCAGUUAAAUUGAGAUGUGGAAAGAAGAAACCCUCACCUGCUGCAGUCUUGGGAACUGRAUACGCGCCUGAUGAAGCAGGCACUCCGCGGUGCCAGUCUGAAACUUGUCCCUUUCUGCCGUUCUGCAAUGAAGGGCGGUUUCGCCUUUGACUUGGACUGGAAGUUGCAUAGACGUCUGUAUGUAACUGGAAGGUGCUGAGAACUAAAGGAUGGGAGACAAACUCAUGUGCAUUCCACUAAUAAACUAUUUAUUAUAUCAACAUUACUCAGUUUUGUUUUAAAAAAAUAUAGUAGGCUAACAGAACCUGAAUAACUUCUGUAAGUUCUGUUUAACACUCAUAGCAGCAGGUGCUUAUGAAAUGAUUUUUCUAAGAUCAUAAYGUACAUGUAGCCUGGGUGUGCUCAUACCUGGCCUUGAAGGGCUGUGACCAAAGGAAGAGUGCAGACCCCUUCUACCACUAUUAAUUCAUGCAGUAUAUUUAUAAAGUUACACUCUUGAUCUCUUAGAAUCUUUAGUCUUUUUAGUGCUUUUUUUUGAAUAAAAUUCCACUUAGCACUUCAUAUUUGCAGAAUACUGACAAGUUGCAUACUUGAUUUUUUUUCUUAUUUAUACAGAUGCUCUUCUUGCAGUCAGUAAAAUCUUCAGCAGUAAUUGCUUUGUGUGUCUUUUGUGCUGAAGCGAUGAGUGCCUGUUUUGCUUUGAUAACCUGAAUGGUAACGUGCCACACUCAUGUGGCACCUUGCAAGCACCCAAAGAACUUUUAAGAACUGCAGUGUUCUUAAAACUGAUGUUGCCUGCUCCUAGGAAGGAAGUUGUCUGUUUUACAUGCAGAUUGACUGGUUCUGUUAAUGAAAUUCUGACAGAAGUUUUAGAAAUAUUCUUAGUUAAUAAUGUGAAGUUAUUUUUUAAAAUGUGUUCUGGAAUGGAUCUGAAGAAAUAUGUCAUCAAGUAAACAUCAAUAUUUAAAUUCAUUGGGAAUUGGAGGGCAAGUUGUUUGUGUAGUUUAGGUUCCCA